AUGUUGUGCCUCGAGGCCAUCGUCGUCUUCACAGCUCUCGCACUCUUUGGUAUGGCGCACCCGAACCGCUUCCGCUCGCGGCUUUGGAGAAAUGGCGGCGAAGAAGGGUGGUGCUCGAACCCAAGGAUGAGGAUAUACUUCUACGCCAACCACGAAGAGCCGCCAGAGAUUCCCUUGAUAUGGAGCCAGAGAUUGACGACCUCCAACACGGCCACUGCAGUCCUCGGAGCCACCGCCUUCUUCGCCCGCCUGACGAUGGCCGCCCUACAAUACGAAGCCCGAUGGACGAACCUCGCGUACGACGCCUUCCUCGCCGCCCUGUGGGCCUGCAGUGCCGCGGCACAGAACGGGCCUGAUCUGACCGAUUCCAAACACUUCUGCGAGAGACCGUGGUAUCUCACCCGAAGCUGUGACGAAGCGUGGCCGGAGAACCGGGGGUGGUGCAGGAUCGCGAAAUGGGAAUAUGCCUGGUCGAUUCUUGCGGCGUCGUUUUACGUCACGAGGAUUGUUGGCGCCUUGGGCUGGUUGGUGUACGAAAAGGGGGAAAGAGAUGGAAGAAAGACGGGGCACAAGAUGUCGGUCUUGUUGGAGGACUGUGAGUGGGAUGAUAGGUGUGGGAACACGUCGGACAAAGACGAUGCUGAAGAGCAUGGCUGGGUUUGA